AUGGCCCCUCCCUCGGGCCUCCACCAAACCGCCUUAUCCUCCGACUUCGAGACCCCGUUCCCGCCCCUCGUCCGAUCGUCUACCGCGCCCGUCGCUUUCAAGUCGCAUCGCGCCGAUCCCUCCCAUCUGGCCCCCGAAGAUGCCUACUCCCCCGUGUCCCCGCCGCGCCGAACCAGUCUCUACAAUCUACGUCCAAGACUUAUCAGGCGCAAAGAGGGCAGCAGGAGCAGGAGCAGGAGGAGGCAGAGACGCUUUCAGAAGCUGCUUUGGGUGAAGCAGUCAUAUCCCGACAACUACACCGACCAGGCCACCUUUCUCGAGAAGCUCCAGCGCAACCCGCGCGUCAAGCCCUACGACUUUUGGCCUCUUGUUGCCGACUCGACCGUCAUUGUCCAACAAGUAUGCUCCGUCAUCAUCUUCGUUGUCUGCUUCGUCGGCAUUUUCCAAGAGCGUGUCAGCCCCGUGUCUGUGGUAGGCUUCGGCAGCUUUGCGACCUUCAUCGGCUGGCUACUAUGGGAUUGGUGGGUAGCGGAGGAGAGUCUGGGAGCGCAACGCGCAAUGGAUGGGACUACACAUUCACAUAGAGGGCGAGACCCUCGUCCCGUACGGCGUCAGGACUCUCUUGGUGGUCCGACUCGGAACGCGAGCAUCGUAAGUCUUCCGGGAGCCGGAGCGGGAGCGGGGACGGGAGCAGCGACACCGACACCAGCGUCUGCCCUGCCUUCAACGGCGCCGUCCCCGCGUCUUGAUCAACAUCUACACAUCCCCCGCUUCAGCAUCGGUCCAACCGACUCGCGCUCCGCAAGUAUCGAGCCCUCUACUGCCGCGGCCUCCCCUGCCGGCUCGCGGGCCCAAUCUGUCGCCGACUUCCACGAAGCCCACUACGGCCACCACCGACAACGAUCCUCGAUUUCCUCCCCCAUCCGCGGCGGCGGCGUUCUUCCUGGAAACAGCCGCCUUCAGCUCCGUCUAUCCACCAUCAAAUCCGCCGUCCUCAUCUACUUCACCCUCUUGGGCCUCUCGCCCAUCCUGAAGUCGCUGACACGCUCAACCUCCUCCGACUCCAUCUGGGCCAUCUCCUUCUGGCUGCUUGCCAUCAACAUCUUCUUUUUCGACUACUCCAUCAACAACAACCCCUUCACACAAGCAACCAUCACCAACCCUCAUUCCAAUCAAACCGGCGCGCAGCACAAGUUCCCCAUCGCCUCUCUCUCUACCAACGCCGCCCUGAUGGCCUCGACCGUGCUCGCCUCUCGCCUACCGUCCACCGGACAAGUCUUCUCCUUAACCUUGUUCUCCAUCGAAGUCUUUGGUCUCUUCCCCGUCUUCCGUCGGUACGCUCGCCACCGUUCGUUUCGGUACCAUGUCAUCCUGACUGUCCUUCUCUUGCUGGGAGCAGGAGCCGGGGUGGGCAUCAUUAUCGGGGCGCCUUGGGUGUGUGAAUGCUGGCAAACGUGGCUUAAACACUCGCUCCUCGGCAUGAUUGUGUCCUGCCUGAUUGCCGCGGUGGCCAUGGGCGGGUGCAGCUGGUGGCUGAUUGGGUUACAAAAGUACAAGAACGAGAUUUACGGGCCGUGGGACCCGGCGAGGCCGAUUAUUAUUAGUAGACGGUAUUACGAUGAUGAAUGA